UUUUUCAUUUGGGUGGAGUGUCCCUGUAACGUCCACUUCUGUGGCAAAGACGACGUCAAAGGCAGGACGCUGACAGGGAACAGGCCGACACUUUAACGCUGAUUUGUUAACACCGCAGACAGGUCUUAGCAGACUUAGCCGGGUCGUGAUGUUCGAUGGAGAUCAGAUAGUGUGUACAGUCGGCUGUCCUGCGGUUACACAGCACGUGUCGUGAACAAGCUUUCUGACAGACUUCACAGCGAAAACAACACCGACAGCGAUGAGUCUCUGCUGAAUCAGAGAACAGGGGAGCUUUUUGAUUUAACGGCACACUGAUCGUUAUAUUACAGCUGGUGUAAUAGGUUUUUGACCAAAAAUGAAGUACAUCCUGGUCACAGGUGGAGUCAUAUCUGGAAUUGGUAAAGGCAUCAUUGCCAGCAGUGUGGGAACAAUACUUAAAUCCUGUGGCCUUCACGUCACUGCAAUCAAGAUCGAUCCUUACAUUAAUAUUGAUGCUGGCACCUUCUCUCCUUAUGAGCAUGGUGAAGUAUUUGUACUGGAUGAUGGUGGUGAAGUUGACUUGGAUUUGGGGAACUAUGAACGCUUUCUGGACAUCCGACUAACCAAAGACAACAACCUGACUACUGGGAAAAUCUAUCAGUCUGUUAUAACUAAGGAGAGGAGAGGAGAUUAUCUUGGCAAAACCGUGCAAGUGGUGCCACACAUCACUGAUGCCAUUCAGGAAUGGGUGAUGCGUCAGGCAAAAGUCUCAGUGGAUGAUGAUGGUGUUGAGCCGCAAGUCUGUGUCAUUGAACUUGGGGGUACAGUUGGAGACAUUGAGAGUAUGCCUUUCAUUGAAGCCUUCAGACAGUUUCAGUUCAAGGUGAAACGAGAGAACUUCUGCAACAUCCAUGUUAGCCUUGUUCCUCAGCCCAGCACUACAGGAGAGCAGAAGACUAAACCCACACAGAACAGUGUGCGUGAGCUUCGUGGGCUGGGCCUGUCUCCAGAUCUGAUUGUUUGUCGUUGUUCCACACCUCUGGACACUGCAGUGAAAGAGAAGAUCUCCAUGUUUUGUCAUGUGGAGCCAGAGCAGGUGAUCUGCAUACAUGAUGUGUCCUCAAUCUAUAGAGUUCCAUUGCUCUUGGAGGAUCAAGGCAUGGUGGAAUACUUUUGCAGAAGAUUGGACCUACCCAUUGAGAUGAGGCCCCGUAGAAUGCUCACCAAGUGGAAAGAAAUGUCAGAUAGGUCUGACCGGCUUUUGGAGCACACCUCGAUUGCACUGGUGGGAAAGUACACCAAGUUUUCAGACUCAUAUGCCUCAGUCAUUAAAGCUCUAGAACAUUCAGCCCUUGCAAUCAACCACAAGUUAGAGGUUAAAUACAUAGACUCUGCAGACCUGGAGCAGAGCACACAACAGGAAGAGCCAGUGAAGUACCAUGAAGCCUGGCAGAAACUCUGCAGCGCUGAUGGUGUUUUGGUACCUGGAGGCUUUGGUGUACGGGGCACCGAGGGAAAAAUUCAGGCUAUUAACUGGGCAAGGAAGCAGAAAAAGCCCUUUCUAGGUGUUUGUCUGGGCAUGCAGCUCGCUGUAUGUGAAUUUGCCCGCAACGUGCUUGGCUGGCAAGAUGCCAACUCUACUGAGUUUGAUCCUGAAACAAAGCACCCUGUAGUGAUUGACAUGCCAGAACAUAAUCCAGGACAAAUGGGUGGCACUAUGAGGUUAGGGAAAAGACGAACCAUCUUCAAAAGCAACUCAAGCAUUCUCAGGAAAUUGUAUGGAGAUGCUGAAUAUGUUGAUGAAAGGCACAGGCACCGCUUUGAGGUGAAUCCUGAACUGAAACACCACUUUGAAAAAACAGGACUCCAUUUUGUUGGCCAGGACACGGAGGGCCAGCGAAUGGAAGUUAUUGAACUUGAAGAUCAUGCAUAUUUUGUUGGAGUGCAGUACCAUCCAGAGUUCACCUCUCGACCCAUAAAGCCUUCACCCCCCUAUUUUGGGUUGCUUCUAGCAGCUGCAGGAAAACUUCAGAGCUACCUGCUCAAAGGAUGCCGACUUUCACCACGAGACACAUACAGUGACCGCAGUGGUAGUAGCUCUCCAGACUCUGAACUCUCUGAACUCAAAUUCCCAUCAGUGUCAUAGAAGGGUUGUGGCCACAGCCACAUUUUUUAGCUGCUCUUGUUGAGGACAUAACAUUAUUUGAGGUGAUCCUCCUCUGAAAGCUACUUCAGCUGAAUCAUAGUAUUUCAGAUUGUGCUGCAGAGGGCUCUGUGUUGGAGCUGAAGGGGAAGGAACAGAACUGUUGCCUUUUAAAAGUGUUUAAGAUUUUAAACAGUCCCUACAACAGAACACAAAAUGUUAUACUUUGCUGUUGAACUCAAAUGCACUAUUUAUAUGAUUAUUUAUAUACAGUGUUGAAAUGGAAAUACAUAUUUAAAUAAGAAAUGGAUGUGAUAUAAAUAUGUGUAGAAGUAAACUGAGAAUCUCUGGGUGAAUACCAUGAAUAUGAGGUCAGCCAACAGAUCAUGCUAGGUCUUAUUAUGUCUUUAAAAAGAGUUUAGUUUGUUUAGUUUGAACAUUUAAAAUGUUUCUAUUGCCACGAUAAAUUGGAAGUGUUGAAAAAAGUACCGGUGGAUUGUUUCACCAAUUAUUUAUUUGUUGUGUUAUACUUUUACAAGAUGCAACUAUAAAUAACAAGCAUAUCUGCAUCUUUCAACCUGUGCUUUCUGACAAUAUCAAUAUCUGCAAUAGCCUCAAGUGCUGCAUGUUGAAAAGCCUUGAUGGCUGAAAUCUGGUAGUGAUCUAGACCCUGCAUUCUUCAAAAUGCAGAUGUUUUAUGUGCGCAAAGUAAAUUUAAAAAAAAUUAAACAUCUUAAAAAUGCUGGAUUGGAAAAAAAUGGACUGAACAAUGAACGACUAAAACUAUUCAUCCUGAUGAUAUCCCCCUUAUGUUGCUUGUUUCUAUUGGUACAACUUUGUCGUUUGAUUUUGUGUUGUGAAAUAAAGCUAUGAAAUACGUUA